AUGGCGUGGGAAGAAAUGUUCCAAAUGUUUCCAGAUGGUUUUCCGUUUGGAGAUGGUACUUUUCCUUCUUUUGGGCCUGGAGAUGCUGAUGAUGGGGAUACCGUUCCUGUAAACGAGGACGAAGAAACCACGAGGCCGGAGGGUGAAGGAAAUGAAGACGGGCCUGGAGAUGAAGGACCAGUAAGACCUGGGCCAGAUGGAGGUGACAACUUACCACCUGGCCAUGGAAAUAUAAGGCCAGAUACUAACGGACGCAAUGGUAGUGUGAUCUCUACUGACCGGGACAUUCCAUGGCAGCAACUACUCGGACAAUUUUUCGAGUGGCUCGAAGCUGAAAGAGAUAGCUGGCCCUGGAACAUGAACACCGGUGGAAACGAAGAAAUGAUGCCUGGCACUAACGAAGAUGAAAGUACGAGGCCAAGACCGAGUGAGAGUGAUAUGAGGCCUGGUGACGACGGGGAAGUUGAUUUUGAGAAUAGCGAAGAAAGUGAAACACGAUCCGACGACCAUGAAGCUGAAGUGGGGCCUGGAAAUGAAGGAGGUGAAGACGAUGAGGAGAUGGCUGGAGAUCAUGAUGAAGAAACAACGCCUGGUGGGACAGGAGGAGAGACAUCCGAAGAAGCAUAUAGCCCACUUGAGGGCGUCACUCAGCUUAUUGGACUUGUUUCUGGAAGAAACCCCACAUCUAACCAUACUAGUAUAGGCAGUCUUCCAUGGCAGCAGUUAUUCGAUUUGUUUCCUGGUGGAGUUCCUUUUGCAGACGGAGAAAUAUCAGUGACCCAAUUUAUCAAUGUGUUUCCACGUGGAUUGCCUGAUGUAGGAAACUUUACAAGGAGAGUUCCUCUAUCAGAUGUUCUGAACAAUCGUUCGUCUGAAAGACCUGUUCAAGGUAAUAGCACAUUUCCGUGGAUUGGUGCAGCACAAACAAGCUUGCUGGGUGUAGGAGACAGAGAACUGACUUGGGAAGCACUGUAUCAACGACUUCCAAAUGGCCUUCCAAUUGGGAAUGAAGUUGUUCCAUGGGAUGCACUGCUUAUGUUGUUUCCCAAUGGACCUCCCAUAGCAGAUGAUGAAUCUGGUGAUGGAUGGACUGGCCAAGUGCCACAAAAUUUCCUAAAUCUGGGAGAUGGUAGCGUCACAUGGGAAGAUUUGUUUGAAAUAUAUCCUAACGGUGUUCCUGCUGGUGAUUAUGUUAUUUCCUGGGAAGUCCUGUUCACAAUAUUUCCCAAUGGGCUACCACUGGAGGACGGGGGUACUUCUGGUGAACCUGCUGUUAAUAUGCCACGUCCUAUGGCAUGGACUGGUAUGAUUCCAUCCGAAAUCCUUGAUUUAGGUGAUGGUAGUUUAACAUGGGAACAAUUGCAACAACAAUUCCCAGAUGGUAUUCCAUUAGGUAAUGAAACAAUUACAUGGGAAGUACUGUUCAUGAUGUUUCCGGAUGGUCCCCCAGUUGCAAGUUACGACUGGUCUUGGUUAGUCUCAGGGUUUCUCUUAGGGCGUCCCCUAGAGGAUGGCAAUGGACAAGAGAACCCAAAUCCUGGCACAGGAGCAAUGAAUGGUCAUCCGUGGGAAGAUCUGCUGGAUGUGAUACUCACUUGGUUACCUUCCUUUCCUGAUGAUUGGAGUGAUGAUGGAGGUACACCUAAUGACAAUCCAGGGAAUGGAGGAAUACCUGGUGUAAGACCACCUUCAGGAGGUCAAUGGAGUGGCCUUAUACCAACAGGCUUAUUUGACUUUGGUAAUGGCAGUGAAACGUGGGAACAACUGGUUGAACAGAUUCCUGGUGGACUUCCGUUUGAUACGGGAAACAUACCAUGGGAAACACUUUUCAGUUUGUUCCCAUCAGGGCUUCAGCCUCGUCUUGAGGAAUGGCCAUGGUCGCUCGAUCAGAUGUUCACAGGAAAUAAUGGGAUGCCACCUAACAUGGGCGGCGUGUCAGAACAUACUCAAGAACAGCUUCGACCACUUAUUCAAAUGCUCUUGGAGAAGUUAUGGAGUGGAGAAAUUCUCAUAGACAUGAUAGUACACUUUCAGGCAGGUGAAAUUCCAUGGCAGGACAUAGCAUUGAUAUUUCCAAACGGCAUUUCGUUUGGGGACAUAACUGUUCCUUGGCAAGAACUAAUCGAUUUAUUUGGUGGUGAUGGCUAUGGUGGUAUGUCUGGUGGUAGUGGACAUGAAGGGAUGAUGCCCAAACCAUGUCUAAGAUUUCCCUUUGGAGAAUUCAUACCAAGACAUCCCUACUACAGCAGUGACAGUGGGGGAUCAUCCAGUAUGUCAAGAGGUGACAGUUCCAGUGAAAUGGAGUCAGGAAGUGGUGGCAUGAUGCCAGGAAGUGGUGAAGCCGUUGGUAUGAUGCCUGGAGGAGGUGAAGCCCCUGGAAUAGUACCUGGAAGUGGUGAAGCCGGUGGUAUGAUGCCUGGAAAUGGUGAAGCUGGUGGUAUGAUGCCUGGAAGUGAUGGAGUCAGUAAUAUGAUGCCAGCAGGCAAAGCACCAACGGAAGGUGACAUGGUGUAUUUCUUCUGUCAGCCUGGCUACAAGCUCAUUGGCUCUCCCAGCAUUACCUGCUCGUGUGAUGGUACAUGGAAUGGUUUAUCUCCAAGGUGCAAAGCAAUAACGAAGCCAACUGUGAUGCCGGAUAACACAACACCAUUUGCUGAAUUUACAACCCUGGACUCUGAUGACCAAACAUCAGGAAUAUUCAAGCAAGAGUUGACGACCAUCAAUCCCUUUAAAGAAACAACAUCUGCUUUAGAAGAAGUAACCAUGCUGGGUGAAAUGGAAUUUUCAACUACAAUUAUGGUUGAUGAAGUUACAGAAGAUUCAAGUGAACAUCCAAAUUUGGAAACAGAUGAACCAAAGGGAUCAAUGACUAGUCCAACAGUUCAACAAACCGAUUCAAAAACUCAGGCAAAAGAACUUACAACCAGCCCAAAUCCAAAGUUACAAUCAACAGAUCAACCUGGAGAUCCCACAAUUAGUCCACAACCAAAGUUGCAGACCACUGUUCAACCAAGUGAUGCCAGUACAAGUCCACAGCAGAAGACACAAACAAGUCUACCAUCAAAUAAUCCAACAACGGUACCCCCUGGAGAGUCACAGUCUACUUCAAACAUUGAAACGACAAACAAUCCAUGCAGUUCGAAUCCUUGUGCGGAGAAAGCAAACAGCCAAUGUGUCACUACGGACCAGGGAGCCUUUGCGUGUUCUUGUUUACCGCAGUUUUUUGAAUCUGAUGGUCAAUGUGAACCAUCACAGUCAUUCAGUGGAACUUUACGAAUCACUCAGAUUGACAGUCAACCAGCAGACUUCACUGAAGAAUUACAAGAUCCUUCGUCAGAAACAUUUAAAUCAAUGGCAGCCAGCAUGGAAAAGACGAUUGACAGUAUUUACCUGACAAGCAGUCCAGCUAUUGCAGAACGAUACCUUGGGAGUACAGUCUUAGGAUUUAAGAAUGGAUCCAUUGUUGUUGAUUACAUUGCACACCUUAACAAUACUCAAGAUGAAUCUACUGACGAUCCUACCGUUCUUGAAUCAGCAUUUGAAGAAGCUUACAUGAAGAGUACUAAGUCAGGAAGUCUAAAUAUCACAGUAGAUGUAGCUGCAAGUACAGUGACAGACCUGGAUGAGUGUGCUCUAUCAGAUACCAAUGACUGCUCCUCCAAUGCUACAUGCAUCAAUCUCCCUGGGUCAUUUACCUGCCAAUGUCAUGCAGGAUUUCAAGAUGUUUCAGCAACACCAGGACGACCAGGCAGAAGUUGUACUGUUUCAAAGCCGUCAGUAUGUUCCACAUCUAACGUUGAGUGCUCCCGUAAUGCCACCUGUUACGACACAGACACCAGACCCGAAGGUUAUAGCUGCCAGUGCCGCAUUGGAUUUGCUGAUAGAUCACCUCAAGUCAUCCUAAAGCCUGGUAGAAUCUGUGAAGAAUUUUGCCCUUCGUCAAAUUGUUUCAAUGGUGGAUCCUGUGUUAAUAUCUAUGAAACCGGGGAGCAAAUAUGCAGUUGCCCAGACGGUUACACAGGCCUACGAUGCGAGGAGGCAGAGCAGACAGGCUUGUCAGACACACUCAUCCUGGUUAUCAGUUUGACUUCAGUGGCCAGUCUUGUCAUCAUUUGUGUUGGCCUUCUACUGUGUUUCACCUUUUACCAUCGCCAAACUAAGAAGAAUAUUAAGAGGCUUUCCCUGAGAUCUUAUCCAGUCAAGAGGGACUUGUCUCGCUUUGUUAGGGAUGAGGAGGUUUGGGAUCCCAUCACUGUUGAAACUAGGUCCCAAGACAGCAGACAGUCUCUGGUCAGAGAGUCUCUUCACCAAGAUGACUAUCUCAGGCCUGGACCAUCAUCUGAACCCAGACACUUAAAUUAUCCAAAUGACAUAGGGGAAGAUAACCCAGAUUUCAUUGAAGAAGAAUUUGAAUCUCAAAGUAAAUAUAUUGCUGAUGCCAUGAGCAAACUCCCAGAAGUUGAGAGGAGGAUGCGUAAAGAGGUGCGUUCCCUUGGCAACUACAACUUUGGUCAGGAACCAGACUACCGUGACAAUUUUGUCAGGCCCUACAUGGCCCCUGAGGUUAUCCCAAUUGACCAAUACCUCCAGGAUCCACGCCGUUAUAAAGUGUAUGAUGAUGAAUCAAGAGGGUAUGGCUACGGACGUCCUAAGAGACCAACCAUUGAACAUCACCAUGGUAACCGGAUGAGUCUCCAACAAGACUUACGAGGCAGCAGGAUGUACCUUCCAAAUGACAAUGUUGCCAUGCCAACUCAGCAUGAUUCUUACCCUAUGGAAGAUUUCUCCUCUCCAAGACAAUCCGUCCAUCCGACAGCUCAGUAUCCUCCAGCAUCCCGUGCAUAUCUGCCUCCUUCCAAGACUGCCAUACCCCUUCCUCAACCUCCCCCCCCACCACCACUCCCUCCAGUUCCAAGGAAUUAGACCUGGUUCAUUCAAACCAUGCAGCACUGUCAACCCAGAAUACAGCAGCUCAAUUAGCACAGAGACUAAACAGACCAUAUUUACACAAUCUCCCAAAAUGUUCAUAGUUACAUGUAUUUCCCAACUAAUUCCUCGCUUAAAGGCACCCGCCCCCCCUUAAAAAAAUCCUUGUGAGCUGAACAGACUGCUGACAAUAGAUUUCUGCAUUGGAAAGCCAACAGAGCUAUAUGCAUGUAUAUUUACUGGAGUGCCAACUCACUGUACGAAUGAAGUCUGGUGGGUGCAUCAACAUUUGUACACAUACAUGUACAUAUAAAAAACUCCAGAUUUUGUACUGUUUUUGUACAUCUAUGGCAUGUUUGCAUCUGUAUUCUAAAACAAUGCAUUAAUAAGGCUGCAUGACGUGCUGAAAACCUAAAUUUAGAAUAAGUAUAUAGGCAUUAAGUUUUGCUCAGUACAAACAACAGCAUGGUUAUACGCUGUAGAUUAAAUGGCAGGUAAUAAGUGAAUUGUGUACUUGCACAUAGUAUUUUGACUACAUAAUUAAGAAUUGGUUUCAUCUUAUUUUAUUACAUGCAUGUUCUACAAAUACACACAUAAAUUCUAAAUGUUUGUGCCCAGGAAGCCUCCAAGCUUCUUUGCAUGUUAGUAAAUUAAUAUAACUCCAUGUGAAAGACUCUGACUUCAGUACUUUGAACAUCCAUGAAUACUGUGGAAACAUUAUUUGGAGUAUUUUAGUUAUGAUUGAGUUAGAUAGGUAAGAUUAUUACUUUUUAUUAAGUAACUGAUUUAGAAAGAAACCUGUAUCUAUAUUAUCCAGCAAUUAUAGUCUAUUUGGUCUUGUUUGUCACACAAAAAAUAAAACAUGUACUUGUCAGGUUUAUAAAUGAGAUGUAAUGAUUUUUAUGUUAGCAGAGUUAGAGUAAGUGAUCUUUCAAAAAACACAAAGCAAGGCAUGCAGUCUGUGACUUUUGCAGUAGGUUUGCAGAAAAAUCCACCGAAGUUUACAGUCUUGUUAACAGAAUUCAAACCUACAGUGAGCACAUUUGAUCUGAUUGAUUUCUUUGAAUUUUUCUGACAGGAAAAUCCUAGCGCUGAACCAGAAAAGACAAAUCAUCAUCAUCACUCAUGGGAUUUUCAGUAAAAUUGGGUUUAAAGAACCAAACAGUAAACAUGGUAAAUGUAAGCACUGAACUAAAUGCAUAAGAAUUCUGCAUUCCCAAAACUGUCAACAUACAUGAAGACUGCAGGCUGUGUGAGUGGUAUAUAGCAUUUAAAUUUGCAUGAAAGGUUUAUAUCCUACAUGUAAAUCGAAUGGACAACCAAUAAUGUUUAAGUUAGUGCAGAAGUUUUGCGUCCUUAAAAAUGAUUAACACUGUGUAGAUAGUCAAUGAUAUUUUCAGUUAUAUUAAAGUAUAUAUGGUAGUGUAUUUCUGUUUAGUUCUAUUACUUGCAACUUUCUCAGUUACCAUUACAGUGACUUGCACCAUAUACUCGCAGUAAAAUUUCCAAUAUUCCUAUGCAACCAAGCUCCAGUGGACAACUUCUUGUUCUUUUUUCUUUGCAGUUAAACUGGCGAAUCAUAAAGUAUAUGAAAGUUUACCAAUUAUAUUUCAAGAGUUGUACACAAAUUCAACUUCCCUGAGAGUAACCCGUUUAUGUAUAGCACAAGAGAAGACAUAUGCAUGUCAGCCUCAUCAUUGAGCAUCACAUUGUGAUAUCACAGACUAAUAUCCCCACCCCACAGUCCAAACCAUAAUGAGCAAACUGAUAAUUGACAUUCAUUGGUACCUCUGCUAAUUUUACUAUCCAGAUGAUAAUACAUGUCGCAAAAUCAAGUGGGAGCAGUGAACUGGAAGUAUAAAUGAUACAAUCAGCUGUAUCAGAGGGCUAUAAUUGUUUAACGAUGGUUGAAGCUCAUUAAAAGAUGAUUUUUCUUAUACAUGAAGUUCAAUACCGUAAUGUCUGCUGAACUGAGAGACACAUGUUGAUUUUCCUCUGAAAUUGCUUUUAAAACUUCUGAUACUGCUUCCAAACAAUUUUUAUUGCUUCUGACACAUGCAGCCAACAAAAUUAAACCCAUAUGGGAUGUACCAAGUCUCUGCAUGUCAUCGGCGCAGAAACAGACCAAGACACCCAUCGGUUUAAUUAAAUUGUGGACUUUUAGUUGAGGAAAAUAUUUUAGAGAAUUGAAAACAGGUGUAUGCAUGUAACUAAACAAUAGUGCACUGCUGUCAUGUGGGACAUUAUGUUUCAACACUCUAUGGGACGUACAUGUGUAAUACCCAUCUCCAGUGCUACAUGUACGAGUCCCUCGGUUGUUAAAACGUGUCCUACAUCACAGCAGUCCAUAAUUCUUAAUUACCUACAUUUAUCUACCUUUUAUAAAUGACCGAUUUUAAGGUUCAGAACACUGUGCACACGUAUUUGUCUUGU